UUUAAUUAUUCAUUUUUAAACAAAUAUUAUAUAAUUCCUAAAACAAGAGGUCAUAGAAUACUUGUUUUUAUGCGAUUUUAGAGAGGUCUUUCAAAUACGAAGUUCAAAAUGGCGGCUAACUGAUUACACAUGGCGCGUGACCAUCACUUUGUGUACAGUGUUUCUUAAAUAUUGUUAAAUGCUUAAUAUAUAUUAAUUAAAAUACCAUUAUACAGAAAUCGUAUAAUAUAACACAUUUUCUAGAAACUUUUACAUACUUUUAUUACUAUUAUUAACGUUGUAAGAGAAAUCAGAUAGGUUAAGGCUUAACCUUCAAACGACUUAAAAAAAGUGCUGCAAAUAUAUAAGAAUAUAUUUGGAAAAUUGACUUAAAUGUAAAAAAAAUGAAUUUUUUGUCAUUAAAUCGAUCAUACAGUUGUGGUACCCCUACUGCAAUUAAGAAGAGUGCAAAAUUGAUUAGAAAUGAAUUUUUGGAUUAUUUCAAAAAAGAUUUGGGACAUACUUUCGUUCGAUCAAGUCCUGUUCUCCCAAUUAAUGACCAUACAGUUGCAUUUGUUAAUGCUGGCAUGAACCAAUUUAAAGGGGUAUUGUUAGAUUAUUAUAAUCCACCUGCAUCAAAAGUUGUGAAUUCACAAAAAUGUAUUAGAAUUAGUGGAAAACACAAUGACCUAAAUAUUGUUGGAAAUGAUACUUAUCAUCAUACAUUCUUCGAAAUGUUAGGAAAUUGGUCUUUUGGAGACUAUUUUAAGAAAGAAGCUUGUUGUUAUGCUUGGGAUUUAUUAACAAAACAUUAUGGUAUCAAUGAAGAAUUUUUGUAUGUAACAUACUUUUCUGGAAACGAGCAAUUAGGAUUAAAACCAGAUCUAGAAUGUAAAGAUAUUUGGUUAAGCAUUGGGGUGUCCAAAGAUAAAAUUUUACCAUUUGGGAUGCAAGAUAAUUUUUGGGAAAUGGGUGUUUCAGGACCAUGUGGUCCUUGUACAGAAAUACAUGUAGAUCAUACAAAAGAAAUAGUAAAUCGAUCCAUGCAAGUUAACAAGGGUUAUACAGAUCUCACAGAAUUAUGGAAUAUAGUGUUUAUACAAUAUGAACGAUUAACAGAUGGCACAAUAGUACCAUUACCAAAAUGUCAUGUAGACACAGGCAUGGGAUUUGAAAGAUUGGUUUCAUUAUUGCAGGGAAAGAAAUCAAAUUAUGACACAGAUCUAUUCCAACCACUUUUUAAAGCUAUUCAGAGAUAUGUAAAUGCACCAGAAUAUAAAGGGCAAUUUUAUAAUGAUGAAAAUGCACUUGACAUUGGAUAUAGAAUAUUAGCAGAUCAUAGUAGAAUGAUUACUGUAGCAUUAGCAGAUGGAGUGAUGCCAGAGGAAAAUAACAAGCUUAGAAGGAUAAUAAGAAAAGCAAUUGAUAUAGGUGAAAAAACAUUUAAAAAGCAGGGGAUACUUUCAGAACUUUCAUAUGUUGUAGCAGACAAUUUGGGUGAUGUAUAUCCAGAAUUACAAAAUAAUCUUAAAAAGGUCCAAAAAAUAAUAGAAUUUGAAGAGAAUCUACUUAAAAGAUUACGAAAUACUUCUGGUAAAGAAUGGAAAAAAAUGGUUAAAACACAUCCUGAAUUAGUAGCAGUUACUGAUUAUACGGGUGCUGGUUUAUUAAGUGGUUAUAAGUACUUUCAAAGUAUACUUAAAGAUUCGAAAGAAACCAAAGUAUUAUCAGGAGAUGUUGCUUUUAAAUUGUAUGAUACAUAUGGUUUAAGUGUGGAGACAAUAACUGAACUUGCACAAAUUGAAUCUUUACAUUUUGAAGAAAAUAGUUUUCAAAAUAUAUUAGAGAAUCGUAGGUGUGAAUCUAGGAUGGGUUUAGAAAAAAAUAAUGGAAUGGCCAUAAAAGCAGCUGUAGAACUACUUAAAAAAAAUUCUAAACCAAAAACUAAUGACACUUUUAAAUAUGAGUAUGUUUUUGAUGGAAAUAAUUUUCAGUUUCCCACAAUUGAGAGUAAAAUUGUAGGAUUGAUUGUAAAUGGUAGUUUGAUAUUAAACAGAGAAAAUGAAAUUGCGAUUAAAGAUAUAUGUUCAAAUAUUCACGAGAAAAUGAUUGAUACUAAUACUAAAUUGGAUCAAGAAGAUGAAAUUGGAAUUAUAUUGGAUAAAACAUUAUGUUAUUCAUUGGAAGGUGGUCAAAAAUCAGAUAAUGGUGUUAUUUGUACAAAUGACCUCAUUUUCAAUAUAAAUAAUGUGAAUAAAAUUAAUGGUUAUGUUAUACAUUUCGGAAAAUUUGCACAAAUUGAUAAAAAAUAUUCGGAAAAAAAAUUGAAAGUGGGAGACAGUUGUGUUGUGUCUAUUAAUCCGGAACUUCGAACAGGAACAAUGCAACACCAUACCGCGGCACAUUUAUUAAAUGCAUCUUUAAAGCAAAUCAUGCAAGCAAUUUAUCCACGUAAUUCUAUUAUUUACUCACAUGCUUUAAAAAUGCAAUUUAACUCUUUUGGGGAGAAACUCUCGUUAGAACAGCUAAAAAGAAUUGAAAAUUCUAUAAACAGUGUUAUACGCGCUGAUGUUCCUGUUACGACAAAAAUCAUGAAUUCGCAAGAAUUAUUAACAGAGGAUUUUGUAACAUUAAUACCAGGAGAAAUUUAUCCUUACACAGGAAUUCGAGUUGUGAAUAUUGAAACUGAUGACUUAAAAUCGAAAGAAGCCUGUUGUGGCACACAUGUACAUAAAACAGGUGUAUUGGAACACUUUUGUUUUUUAAGAUAUGAUUCAAAAGGGGUAGCAAAUUUUACUGUUAAAGCAGUUGUAGGAUCACCUGCUAGGUCUGCUAAAUUGGAAGGUGAAAAUAUGCAACAUAAAAUUACCAAUUUAGAACAUGGAUUGAAAGCUAAUGAAAUUACAUAUGAAACAUUCAAAUUAAUUAGUUACGAUAUUGAAAAUGAAAUAAUUAAUAAUAAAGAAAAUUUAAUAUCGUAUAUUAUUAAAAAAGAGUGUUUGCUAAAACUACAAGAUAUAAAUAAAAAUGCUUGGGUGAUUGCAAAAGAAAUGGAAAAGUAAUGAUAUCUGAUACCUUUAAUGCACAAACGUGGAUGAAAGUAAUUCUUGAUGUUUUUAAUACAGAAUACGAUUCAGUUAAGGGUUUUAAUGCAACCCUGGUUUCUAGUAUGAAGACUACAGACAUUUCAAGUACAUCGUCAA